CUCAAUGCCUAUGGUGGUUACGGCCCUCACUCAUGCACUGAAACUCACAUGAGGCUGUAUGCAGUGAAUCGCAGCAGAGAGCAGUUCGCUCAGAAUCCUCAACCGCAGGGCUUACCAGCUGGUUCCUAGUGUGGGUUUCUCAUCUUCCCACUUUAGCCCCAAAACUCUUAAACCCACCCAGCUGAAGUGGGGUGGAAUUUCCCAAUGCAAGUAAACAACUGUAAAAGAGUUUCCGAUUUUAAAAGCCCCUAUCGUGACUGCCAAGUUUCCUGUGAAGAUCGAGAUACCACCACUGCAGUUGACCUAAAACCAAUUUCUGAGUCACUCUGAGCCCUCAAGGCUUUGACUUUGUGUUUCCCAAGAGACACUCCACAACUAUCUAUGUUUAUUCUAUGUUUAUUCAAACAUCCGUUUGGUUAUUCUUCUCUGCAUUAAAUUAUAGCUUUAGCUCCAUCUUUUUUUUUUCUUCUGAGAACUUGGAAGAGGGGAAGGAUAUAUGGAAUUAAACUUCAACAAUACUGAACGAACAGGAAGGAAGCGGAGACCGAGCAGUCCUGGGGAACAUGGGGAGAGAGUUCAAAUCCAGCUCUUUCUUUUCGGCUUGCAGUCCCUUGAGAUUCACUAACACAAGCCACUGCUGCAGGCAUGUGCAGACCACAAUGACGCUUACAACAUGAUACGACGGUCUUCCUCAAAUGCUAACUUGGAAAAAUGUGAUAUUUUAGACUGAAAUAAUAUUGAAUGACAAUUUUGUUAUUGUUUCUCUUACCAUAGUGCAUUGAGAUAUUUAUUAUUAAUCAGGGGAGAAAAAUAAAUAUUGUUUUAUGGACGACAGAAGCGUGUGACGCAAGAAAAACACAACAGCAUUUACAAAGCACAGAGAAUGUAGUUAUUCAGGUUGAAAUAAAAUAAAAUAAUAUUUUAAAACGUAAUUGGCUGGAAGUUGUGAGACCAAACUUUGAGAAAUAUAAUGAUGCAUCAGAAAAUUAGCUGUACUGUUUUGAAUACGCUUAUACCCUUUAUGGACGUUUUGAAAAGAAAGAGUGGGAAAAAAGUAGGGCACAUCUGGUUUUACUCACAAAUUGUUUUGUGCUGACAUAUGCACAGUCACAUGGAGGGGAUUAAAAGGGUUUGGAUAAAUACCAGGUUACUGCAUGUGUGCAAUAAAGUUUCUUAUACUAGAUUUCAGGACCAAUCUAGAAGAGGCUUUCUCUUAAAAUAAACAGUCCAUGGGCUCUAGACUCUUGGUUUCCUGGCUGUAGGUCUGACGUCAUGUUGAAGGAAAGCAGAGGGGACGUGCGACUCCAGCCAACUUUCGGCAGGAUCAAGCCUGAGACGAGAGCCGCCCCCUCAGCUCCCCCUAUCCUUUCUCACAGUCGACAGGAAAGACAGGGCCAGAACUCUGAGAGAGCAGGCAGGGAAGAGACAAAGAGAAGAACAGCACUGAAGAUCACAGAGAACAGACUAGAUGUCCAACAAACUUCCCACACAGGACAAAAUGGACAAGCAAAAGCUGAGGGCUGAAAUCAGUCCUCGAGUGUCCAAGAGCUCUGCGCAGCGCCUUAGCAGGGACCUCACCUGCUCCAUCUGCCUGGACUUGUUCAAGCACCCGGUUUCCUUGCCCUGCGACCACACUUUCUGCGAGGCCUGUAUUACGAGUUACUGGAGCGGCCCUCGCGGCAAAGGCCAAGGUGGAUCUGGUUCCUGUCCUCAAUGCCGGACAGUCUUCCCUGGCCAGAGCUACCGACCCAACCGCAUUGUGGCCAACAUCGUGGAGAGCUACUGCCAGGGGAUCGAGGAAAGUGGGGAUCGGCUGUCCGGGUUGUCAGCAGACACGAUUCCUCCGACCCCAGUUUGCAGCCGACACAGAGAAGAGUUGAAACUGUAUUGUGAGGAAGACCAGGAGCUGGUGUGUCUGGUGUGCGGGAUCUCUCAGGAACACCGGGCUCAUACGCUGGUGUGCGUGCAAGAUGCACAGCAGAGAUAUCGGGCUUCUCUAACCACUUCUGCAAGUGCCCUUCAAAAAGAGCUCAACACUGCUCUAGAGUGUGAGAGAGAGACUGAAGAGGAGGUGAAGAAACUGAAAGACCACACUGCAGAUCUGAAGCAGAGAAUCGAGGCACAGUUCAGUGAGCUCCAUCAGUUCCUGUACCAGGAAGAGAAACUCCUGCAGGUCAAGCUGAAGACGGAGGAACGGCGGGAGCUGAUAAGGCUGGACGAGCACAAGGCCCUGCUCAGUGUGGAGAUAUCACGUCUGCGCAGAGCUAUGAAUGAUAUCGAGGAAAAACUCAGUGAACAGGAUCCUUACAAGCUACUCAGGAGUAUAAAGGGCCUGCUUCAAAACAGGCAGCCACCGAAGUUCGAGAGGCAGGCACUGACCCCGCCCAGCCUGUGUGAAGGCCGCUUCGCUGGGCCCCUGCAGUACAGAGUGUGGAAGUCACUGAAGGGAAGCAUCUAUCCAGUUCCCUCAGCCAUCACAUUUAACUCCAAAACGGCCAACCCCUGGCUCAGUCUUACAUCUUCGCUGACCUGUGUGCGCUACCAGACCUUCAAUAUCACGGUGCAGGACAACCCACAGCGCUUCAACGCCGCCCUGUCUCUCAUGGGCAGUCAAGGGUUCACUAAAGGCCGCCACUACUGGGAGGUGGAGGUGUACAGCAGCACUGUGUGGACUGUAGGAGUUGCUCGUGAAUCCGUCACCAGAAAAGGAGUCAUCAAUACCAUGCCUGCCAACGGCUUCUGGACGCUCUCACUGUCGUAUGGAGUUCAGUACAUGGCCGGGACCUCUCCACCAACAUUACUGUCUUUGGAAGAGCAAUUGGCGAGGAUCGGCGUGUAUCUGGACUACAAAAGAGGCCUGGUGUCCUUCUACAAUGCUGAGAGCAUGACGCACCUCUACACUUUCAAGGACACCUUCACUGAGACCCUCUACCCUUAUUUUAACCUGGGCUUCUUGGAUAAAGUGCAUGAAAAUGAACCUCUUAAGGUGUUCCUGCCCAAAAUCUGAAUUUGAGCUUUUAAUUUUUAUAUUUUUUCAUAUUUCAUAAUAUUAAAGGGAACCUAUUAUGCCCCUUUUUACAAGAUGUAAAAUAAGUCUUCGAUGUCCCCAGAGUGUGUAUGUGAAGUCUUAGCUCAAAAUACCCCACAGAUCAUUAUUUUUAUAGUUUAUAUGUUAAAAUUGCCACUUCUUGGGGGAGAGCAAAAACGCGCCGUUUUUGUAUGUGUCCCUUUAAAUGCAAAUGAGCUGGUGCUGCGGCCCACUUCCAAGAAGAGGGUGGUGCUUCAAGAGCUCAUGCUCCGGGCUACUGGCAACAACAAAACAGGACAAUCUCACGCUCUGAAAAUGUUAGUAGCGGUGUUCAGCCUUAUAUGUUUCAGAAUCAACCUUUGUGAAAAUCCAGCGUUGAAAAAAUUAUUGGCGCAAACGUACAAGACUUAGCGAUUUUCUUCAGGACAUUUCCUUUGAAAAUGAAAUUUAACCACAAUGUCCUUAGUGACUCACGGGAGUCUAUGGAGACUCUUAUGUGCAUUGGUAUAUCCCAAAAUGCAACACUUGUAAUGCCUCUUUGGCGCAGACAUUGUACAUCUCCAGCUGCUACAGCGAGGAUACAGAAAUGCCGGACUCUGUGCUUCUCACUCAGGCUGUGUCUAUGCUAAUAGGGCAGAUCAUCACCGGCUGUGGGCGGAGUUUCUCCCUCUGCUGAUGUCAUUGUAUGGCAGAAUCUGAAUCAGCUCGUUGAAGAGACUGCUUUUGAUUUAUGGGAAUUAUAAAAAAAAAAAAAAGUGAGUGGAUUUUUACCAUUAUAGGCUGGUUGUUCUCACACACCGCUGACACACAUCAAUGUUACACCUUAUAAAAGUGAUUUUAUUUUAUAUUAUUUUAUAUUUAUAUUUUUUUAUACAUAACACUAGGCUGGACCUAGAUAUUUUAAGUUUUAUAAAGUAAGAGAAUAUGGUUUAAAUGUAAGAGAAUGGCCAUUUCCAAAAAAAAAAAAAAAAUUGCAAAAGCAUUUAUGAUUAGAACAUCUUAACAUUGCAGUGGGUUAGUGGAGGCAAAUGGAAAUGAAACCAAAUAUAAAAAAAAAAAAAAAAUGGUUGGACCAUGGCUUAUGACCCUUUCUCACUUUAAUGCUGCUGUAAGUGAUUUUAUUUUGGACUAUAAGAAUAAGAUACCCUGACAUAUAUCACUGCCUUUGCAUAUACACGUUUUUGUGAUAUUCCUAGGUUUUGUAAAGAAAGGGGCGAGUGAAUAUUUGACUGGUCAGGGUCUAGUCCAGUCAGCCCCUGCUGGUAGAUGCAGUAACUACAUCGUUCUGGGAACAAUAAGCAUUUAUUUAUUACAAGAAGCAACAUCAACAAAAUGAUUACAGUAUAUAUGUAACCAGUGACUGAUUCUUUUCUGAAGGAUCUUAAAAGCAUAAAAAUGGAUUUAAAAGCAUGAAAAUUGCUAUGCCCUUAUCUGCCGCCUUUGAUGUCACAGCUCAUUGCUGUAAAUAGCAAAACAGAGUCAGUUCAGGACAGGUUAGUCACCAGUGAAAAUGCCACUGGGCAUAAAGAAGCAUGGUCAUUAUACAAAUCCUGCUUUUAAAAAAGAAAAAAAAAAAGAAGAAAAUAUACAGAUAUAAACAAAAUAAGAAAUCACAUUUGGCUAUACAGUAUUAGGAUAAUGUGCACUCUUGUUAUAGUUAUCAUUUUUAUACAAACAUGUACAAUUUCUGGAAGAAAUUCAUUAAAAACUAACAACGAAA